AUCCGCCAUUUUACACGUACUUCACUUCUGCUUGUAGUAUUUUACGAUUUCGUCUUCGACAUAGUGUUUUAAAUUCAGGAUCAAAAUAACAAAGAAGAAUGAUUAAGGCAAUUCUUGUUUUCAACAACCAUGGGAAGCCGAGAUUGACGAAGUUCUUUGUACAUUACAAUGAAGAUAUGCAGCAACAGAUUAUUAGAGAAACCUUUCAUCUUGUGUCAAAAAGAGAUGAUAAUGUUUGUAACUUCUUAGAAGGUGGAAGCCUCAUCGGUGGUUCAGAUUAUAAAAUUAUUUAUCGUCACUACGCUACUCUGUAUUUCGUAUUCUGCGUUGAUUCAUCAGAGAGUGAACUGGGUAUUCUAGAUUUGAUACAGGUGUUCGUAGAAACAUUGGACAAAUGCUUUGAAAAUGUCUGUGAGUUGGACCUUAUUUUCCAUGUUGAUAAGGUACAUUAUAUUCUGGCUGAGUUAGUAAUGGGUGGCAUGGUAUUAGAGACGAAUAUGACAGAAAUUUUAACACGAAAUGAAGAACAAAAUAAAUUAGAAAAGCAAGAGGCUGGCAUAUCUGCUGCACCAUCCCGAGCUGUGUCCGCUGUUAAAAACAUCAACCUGCCUAACCUGCCAUCCAACAUACAGCUUCCCAAUCUGCCAUCAUUUAGAUAAAGGCAUUAUGUCAAGACGUCCUUCUGGUAUUAUUAAAAUUAGCUUAUUGUUGUCAAACACAGUGAUGAACUACUAAAUUUACUUAUUUAUGUGAUGUGCCAGAUGAGGUUUACUAGUUUGGCACUAAAGUUGUUUCUGUCAUUGUAUUUCCAAAGAAAAGUUUCUGUGUUGUAGCUGGAGUAUCCAAGGCUCUCCAUAAAUGAGUGUUUUAUAUAAAGGAUAUUUUAUUAAAAGAGCAUCUCCAAUAGAAGUGGAUAUAAAUAAAAAAAUUGCAUUGGCUGUGCUAUAUACUAUAUAAUUAAAAUAGUACUUAUUUUGACCAUAAAUGUAAACGCUAUAAUUGUUUAUGUAAAUGUAAGCGCUAUAAUUCAAGUAUUUUAUUCAGGCUUUCAGACAGCCAGACGAAGGAAAUAACUUUUCCUCCCCGAAUAAAAAGGCAUGUUUACCUUAUCCAUUCUGAAACACAACGAGGUUGUAUACAGUAUUUCAGUUUUUGCAUUCAGUAUAUUUUAUUGUAUUAUUUCAGUUUGUAUCUUGACAGACAAACAGUGUUCAGUGUUCAAUACCUUCUGAGACGUCAGUCUUUCUUUAUAUCUUCUUUCCUCCAAUUAAAUAUACAUUAGAGAACUUCAGUUAUUGCCGUAUUUACUUCUAUUAGUAGUGCAUUAUUUUGUGUAUUACAGUGACAGUAUAUUUU